UCGGACAAGGAUGGAGGGUCUCUUUGAAUUAACGUGAACAGUAUCUUUAAUUAUCCUGACUGUACAGGCGGUGUGGGUUGGAGAGUAUACUACAUCUCUACAUGUUCCCGUAUGUUCUGCAUCCACUUAACUCAAUAGCGCUCACAGCUUCGAUCUACAUGACAAUGGCCAUAGCAAUUGAAAGAUAUAUUGCUGUCUACCAUCCACUUGAUUAUAACAGAGUAAUGAUGGACGCUACAACACAUUCAAGACGACUUGCUGGAUACCUCAUCCCUGUCUGCUUAGUUGCCAUAUUGUUCAACAUCCCAAAGUUUCUGGAAAGCAGGAUUGUUUUUAUCGGAGAGAAUAUACAUCUUGAUAUUACUGAACUUAGAACCUCGGAGCUCUAUGUAACGUACUACCACAACUGGGCCAGAUUAAUGGUUCUUGGAGUUGUUCCUGUUCUCGUCAUCUCAUUUCUUAACUUCAAGAUUUACACUGCUGUCAGGAGCAGGAGGGGAGGAAGGAAGAGGUAUGAUGAACAUCUCAGCACUGUACUUAUGAUGAUAGUUCUAAUCUUCAUAAUCUGCAAUCUGCCCAGGAUGAAUCGUGAAGUUAGUAAGGACUGGAUAACAAGUGUAGUCGGUAAGAACAGUGAAGGUUAUAAGUAA